AUGGGACUAAUAGGAAUAGAAUCCCGAGUUGAGAAAUUGAAGUCAUGCUUAGCUAUAGAGUCAAAUGAUGUUCGCAUUAUAGGAAUUUGGGGGACAGGAGGAAUGGGUAAGACAACUUUUGCAAGAGUUGUGUAUGGAAUGGUUUACAAUAAAUUUGAUGCUUGCUGUUUUAUCGCUGAUGUUAGGGAAGAAUCUGGAAAACGCGGUUUACAUAAGAUACAACAAAAACUUUUGAAUGAACUUUUAAAUGAGAGAGAUUUAAAGGUACAAGAUGUUGAUAAAGGAGUUCUCAUGAUCAAAAAUAGGUUAUGUAACAAAAAGAUUCUUCAUGUUCUUGAUGAUGUAAAUGAAUUAGAACAAUUGAAGAAGUUAGCUGGUGAGCAUUGCUGGUUUAGUUCAGGUAGUAGGGUUAUUAUAACAACAAGAGAUAAGCAUUUGCUGGUGUUGCAUAAAGUAAAUGAAAUAUAUGAGGCUGAAGUCUUGAAUCAUGAGGAAGCUCUUCAACUCUUUAGUUUGAAAGCUUUGAAAAUGGACCAUCCACCUGAAGAUUAUGGAAAGCUAUCUCAAGCUUUUGUAGAUUAUUCCAAGGGGCUUCCUUUGGCCCUUGAAGUUUUGGGUUCUUUCUUGUUCAAAAAAAGCAUUGAUGAAUGGAAAAGUGGACUGGAUAGGCUCACCGAAUUUGGUGAAAGAAAAAUUCUCAAUGUGCUUCGAAUAAGUUUUGAUGAUUUACAAGAAAUAGUCAAAAAAAUAUUCCUAAAUAUUGCAUGUUUUUUUAAUCAAAUGGAUAGAGAUAAUGUCAUAGAAAUACUAGAUUCUCUUGAGCUAUCCCCUAGAAUUGGAUUACGGGAUCUUAUUGACAAAUCUCUCGUAAAAUUGCAUUGGAAUCGAUUGUGGAUGCAUGAUUUAUUACGAGAUAUGGGUCGGGACAUAGUUCUUCAAGAGUGCCCUGAACAUCCCGGGAAGCGUAGCAAAUUGUGGUUGUAUAAAGACAUUGACAAUGUACUGAUAACAAAUACGGUAUGA